UUCAGCAAAAUUCAUCAUUCUCUUUUAGCAAUUAGCACAUAGCAUUCAGUGAUCUUCAAUUAAGCUAUUUGUUUUGUUCUACAAUGGCGUCUACAGCUGCAAAGAAAACUUCUGCUCCUAAGAAACCCAGAUCUCAUCCUCCUUAUGCUGAGAUGAUAUCAGAAGCAAUAGCGGCGUUAAAGGAGAGAACUGGUUCAAGUCAAGUUGCGAUAGCGAAAUUCAUUGAGGAAAAGCAAAAGGAUUUGCCUUCAAAUUUCAGGAAAUUACUUUUAGUUCAGUUGAAGAAGCUUGUUGCUUCUGGAAAGCUCUCUAAAAUCAAGGGCUCUUUCAAGCUUGCUGCCGCCCCCGCUAAACCUGCCGCCGCGAAGCCCGCUGCCGCUAAACCUGCCGCCCCGAAGCCCGCUGCUACGACUAAGCCGAAGAAGGCCGCUGCCGCUGCUGCGAAGACUAAAGCUGUUGCUCCGAAGAAAAAGGUUGUGGUGAAGAAGGCCAAAGUAGCAACGCCGGCGAAGAAAGCGAAGAAGACGGUUGCUGUUCCAGCGAAAGUGAAGAAAACUCCGGUGAAGAAACCGGCGGUUGCUAAAGUGAAGAAAACUCCGGCGAAGAAGGUUGCGAAGAAGCCGAAGAGUAUUAAGUCACCGGCGAAGAAAGCCAAGAAAUGAAGAGGUGUUAGGGGUAUUUUAGUCAUUUUAGGUUUAAUGGGGUGUUGAAUCGCUGUACAUUUUUUUACAGUUUAUCUAGUGUUAUCAAUUUUAAUUUGUUUUAUUUUAUUUUAUUUGGCUCUUUUGGUGUUGUUUUUUAGGAUUGUUAUUUAGUGUUAGGGUUUGUUUUAGGAGUAUGACUUGUGCUCAUUGUCAUUGUCAUAUAUAAGUUUGAAUAGUAACAUAUUUGUUUUUUAAGCAAAAAAAAACUCUAUUAGUGUCAA